GAGGGACAUUCCUGAUCUUUUCUGCAGGAAAUCACAUGGAGGUGCCAUCGCACUCACAUGACAUCUGAACUAUGGCAGCGGACAUCAAUGAAGGAUCUGUCCCUUCAUACUAUCGUGAAGUACAUCAAGCCAUCUGCUCCAGAACUGAUGAAAGAGUGCCUAUCGGUGUAUUCCAGAGAGUUCUCAGCAGAACAUCUCUCUCCACUUCUGUUCAAAACCAGAUAGCCGAACAUGUAAACAAUGGUGAUGGAUUCCUGAGUAAAGUCUCGCUGUAUAAAGGCUUGGCUCUCAUUGCCCUUGCUCAACAAGGAAAACCACCAAGUCCCAAACUGCUAGAGAAUUUCAUACAAGAGUUCCCGAAGCCUCAGCUGGGAGAGCCAAAAGAGCUUCAGACUCUGAAGAUGCAGUCGGUUCAGGAGAGUCCUUUGAACUUGUCUUUGACUCUGGCAGAGCUGUUAAAGAAGGACAACAUCAAAGUUGAGCUCAUUCCCGAGAAGAAGGGACUGUUUCUUAAACACGUGGAGUAUCAGGUCACCAGUGAGCGUUUUACAGUAUCAGUCUAUCGGCGAUACAAUGAUUUUGACAUCUUCCAUGAGCUUCUGCUUCAGAGAUAUGCUUACAGAGUUGUGCCGGCGCUUCCUCCCAAAAGGGUGCUGAAAGGAGUCCUGACCUCCAUGACAGAGCGAGAGUUCAUUGAAGGGCGGAGACGAGCUCUGAGCAGGUUUCUGAAUCUGGUGGCACGUCACCCUGUCUUUUCUGAGGAUGAGCUUGUGAAAACAUUCCUCACCUUCAGUGGCUCGGAUGUCCAAACUAAGCUUAGAGAUGCUUGCAAAAAACUGGGUGAUGAGUUCAUGACAUGCAAAUAUGCAACGCAGGCCAAGGAUUACCUCCCAGUGGAUGUCCAAAGUCAAUUUUCAUCUAGCAGAGAGCUCAUCAGAAAUAUCCAUAACAGUUUUCAGAAAUUACGGGACAGGGCAGAGAGGAUGGCCGAGCGCUCUAAGGAGAAUGCCACAGAUCUGCUGAUGUUUGGGAAGGAGCUCAGCUCUUUGGGAUCAGAUGAGUCACCUGUGCCUAUCCUGGCAUCCUGCAAGAGUCCUUGGGCUGCACUCAGACGCUCUGUCAAAGGGCUUUCUGUUGAGUUCUCACUUCUGUCUGAAAAAGCUGCCCAACAGGGCAGAAGAGAGGAGGAUGAUGUGGUGGAAAAACUAAAUCUGUUCUUGGACUUGCUGCAGUCAUACAGGGACUUGUGUGAACGGCAUGAGAAAGGGGUCUUGCAUGAGCACCAUCGAGCGCUGCAGAAGUAUGGUGUCAUGAAAAGACAAAUGCUGAGUGCCACGGUGAAGCCUAAAGAACAGGUUUCUGUCGAACAGCUGGAGUCCCGCAUCGUCCAGCAAGAAAACGCCAUUCAGGCCAUGGAGCUGCGCAACUACUUCUCCCUGUUCUGCCUGCACCAGGAGAGCCAGCUCAUAUUUACAUACCUGCCCAUUACGUCUCACAUCCUGGGGGCAUUUGUAGACUCGCAGGUGCAGGGACAUAAAGAGAUGGGUGAGGUGUGGCAAGAUCUUCAUUCCAAGCUUAAAAGUCUUUUUGGGGACGGUAACGGACAGUCUCCGCCUCUCAGCCCAAAAUAGCCUCCCUUCUGUGCUUUCAUGAUCUCCAGUCUGUUUUGAAUAGCAGGAACUACAGACUGUCAGUAUUCUUUCUUGCAAAGAGUUAUGGGGAACUGCUUCUGUGUAAAUGUGUUAUGUGGCAGUUCUUAAAAUCUGUCUGUCGGAGGUGAAAAGGGCCCUUAAAUUCCUACAGUUUGAACAAACUGACACCUAAAAUAAACGGCUAAUGUUGUUGAGAAUAAUUUUAGGAAAUGCAACAAGAUGCUACAACACUGUAUUAAUGUUUAAUCUACACGUAUGCAAAGCUGAUGUUGUUGUUUUAAAACACAAGCUAAUCUGAAAAAGACAUUUUUACAUUGUAAAAUAAGUGUAAACACAUGAAAGAUGACCUAUAUUUACUAUUUUAGUGCAAUAUAAAGAAAUGAACUGAGAAGCUAAUAGCCAGUGAGCAAGAGCAGUGGUCAGUUGAAUACACUUAGCAAACAUGGGAAAUAUGCAAAAAUUGUUAUUUGAUGCAAAGGUAUCUUAUUCUUCCUUGUUCAUGGUUUCAACUGACAGAUUCGUUUUUUCUGUCAGUCUGAUUGUAUGCCGUCUAUUUUCGAAUCUUCAGACUUGUACUUCUUGCAGCGUUGUUUUGUUUUCACAUUUCAUCUUUAUUUGUAAGUAAUAUUCACACUACCAUUCAAAAGUCUGGAGUUAGUAAGAUUUUAUUU